CUCCGUGUCACGUGGGUAGCGGGAACGGUUCCGUUUCCGCUCUGGGCGCGAAUAGUGGGGGAGCUGCUGCUAGUGUGAAGGGGGAGGGGCAGAGCUCGCAGUGACCCGGCCGGCUGGAGCGGCCUCCUCCCGCCGCCUCACCAUGAUCAAAGCGAUCCUCAUCUUCAACAACCACGGCAAACCCCGGCUCUCCAAGUUCUACCAGCGCUAUAGUGAAGAUACACAGCAACAAAUUAUCAGAGAAACUUUCCAUUUGGUAUCCAAACGUGAUGAAAAUGUUUGUAAUUUCCUGGAAGGAGGCUUACUAAUAGGUGGAUCUGAUAACAAACUAAUCUACCGGCACUAUGCCACGUUGUACUUUGUCUUCUGUGUGGAUUCUUCAGAAAGUGAACUUGGCAUUUUAGACCUAAUACAAGUAUUUGUGGAAACACUAGACAAAUGUUUUGAAAAUGUCUGUGAACUGGAUUUAAUUUUCCAUGUAGACAAGGUCCAUAAUAUUCUGGCUGAAAUGGUCAUGGGUGGAAUGGUUUUGGAGACCAACAUGAAUGAAAUUGUCACUCAAAUUGAUGCACAAAAUAAACUGGAGAAAUCUGAGGCUGGUUUAGCAGGAGCCCCAGCCCGGGCUGUGUCAGCUGUAAAGAAUAUGAAUCUUCCAGAGAUCCCAAGAAAUAUUAAUAUUGGUGACAUCAGUAUAAAAGUGCCAAACCUGCCCUCUUUUAAAUAAAAUGGCUACUACAGGUAAAAUCAAGGAAAAAUGUAAUUGAGGUUUAUCAAACAAAGAAAUUUAUAACUUUUGCUAUUUGGAUAAAAAGUAAAGGUACUGCAUAGAAAUUCUGUGUAAAAUCUGUAUGUGAAGUUGAAUGUUGCUUUUGUCUUGCGCAAUGAUUUUAAAGGAAAUGGAUAGUUCUGUGUGACUUCUAAAUUACAUUCCUAUGCCCUUGUAAGGCAUAACACUGUCUUGGCUGCUGCAGUAUUUUGGAAAAGUAUUUAAGAUAUUCUUUACUUUAUAUAACCUAUAAUGUUAAGUCUUUUUGUAUAUCCACUAAGGUCUAUGAUUAGUGCAGCAUUCCUUAACUACUUCUGCUGUUUGUCAUGAUUAUUUAAGAUCCAAGUGUGUAUGUUGCAUGAAAACGUUAAACUGUCUUUUGUUUUUGUUUAAAUAAAGUCAUAAUUAACUGGA